CCGAGCUGACAGUCGGAGCAAUGCUAGCAGCAUUUCCAUUCCAACAUCGUGCCGGAGCUGAAUAAAGGUGCUUUUUUUAAAAAAAAAAAAAAAAAAUCUCUCUGCAAGCUGACAAGAACAAAGCAAGAUAGCUGGCUUUUUGUCCUAGCUUCAAUAAUGGAGAGAAAAAUAAACAGAAGAGAAAAGGAAUGUGAAGAAAAACACAGCAACUCCGAAGGCUCUGAGCAAGACAAGGACUAUAAAACGUCUCUGAUUACUCUGAAUGUUGGUGGCUAUCUGUAUAUCACACAAAAACAGACACUAACCAAGUAUCCAGAUUCUUUUCUGGAAGGGAUCAUAAAUGGAAAAAUAAUGUGCCCAUGCGAUGCAGACGGUCAUUACUUCAUAGACAGAGAUGGACUCCUUUUCAGGCACAUUCUCAACUUCCUACGAAAUGGAGAACUUCUUCUACCAGAAGGGUUUCGAGAAAAUCAACUUUUGGCACAAGAAGCAGAUUUUUUCCAGCUUAAGGUACUCUCGGAUGCAGUGAAAUCAAGGUGGGAGAAGGAACAGCUAGCAUCUCGAGAGACUACUUUCCUGGAAAUAACUGACAGCCACGACCGUUCACAAGGACUUAGAAUCUUUUGUAAUGCUCCCGAUUUCAUUGCAAAAAUAAAAUCCAGAAUUGUACUGGUGUCCAAAAGCAGGCUGGACGGAUUUCCGGAGGAGUUUUCGGUAUCUUCAAAUAUUAUUCAAUUCAAGUACUUCAUAAAGUCCGAAAACGGUACACGACUGGUACUGAAGGAGGACAACACCUUUGUCUGCACCCUGGAAACUCUUAAGUUUGAGGCUAUCAUGACGGCUUUAAAAUGUGGAUUUAGACUGCUGACCAGUCUGGAUUGUUCGAAAGGGUCAAUUGUUCACAGCGAUGCACUUCAUUUUAUCAAGUAAUCACAAAGGCAAAGGAAAUGAGCAUGCAGUCAGUAAACCUCCUUGACCUGCAGCCUCCUGGCAUCACAAAUAAUGUAUUUAACUAGCCUUGUACCACAGAGCUCGGCGGCUAAUCAAUUGAUGUGAGCUAAUGGUAUGUAAAUCUCAUAAUGAUAUCCAUCUCUGGCUUACUUAAGCUAAAUGAAAAUUUGAUGCCUGAAUUUAAUAAAAAUUAUCUGCUAAACAUUGUAAACACAGAUUGAAUGCUUUAUGCUAUUUGUAAUAUGUUUUCUCAAUGCUGUCUUUCAACCAGAGAGUCUAGCUGAAUUUUUGUGUACUUGUAUGACUAACGCGCAUACACCUAACUGCUCUGCUGAACAGCAGUGAGAGUAUUUUCGUAUAACAAGCAGGCUUAAAAUAUGUUUUGCUUAUAACAAAUUCAGAAUGGAUUUUAACUGGAAUAAAUGAUUUUGAAUGUUCAUUAGUGUUUCUGCUAAUGUAUUGUACUGAAAUUGCAAAAAAACAAGAUUGCAAGAGGGUUUAAAAUUAAUCAACUUGAUUUUAGAGUUAAAUGAUUUCUCAACUCACUUAAAUUUAUAGCUGUAUUACUACAUUAAUAACAAUUGCCAAAACCAUGUAAACCAAGAAAAUAAUGCUGGGGGGGAUUAGUUCUGUUACAGGAAAUGAGUUGAAUCUGCACAGAAUGUUACAUUUUCUAAUUAUAUAUACAUAUCACAUGGCUAAUAAAAAUAUCUGACAAAGUUUCAUGUAACAGGUUUCCAGUAAUGACAUCUGACAACACCACAGACACUAUUUCCUACUAAUCAUUUGUGCUUGUAAGGGCAGGCUAUUAACAGAGCUCUUGCUUUGCACAAUGGCUUACUAAAAGCAACUAGUACUAUUAGUUUUGAAUAGACCACCUGCUGGCAUUUAAGAUGCAUCACUCUAAGUAAUAGAAUAAAUACCUUCUUUUUCCUCAUCUCCACUAUUUAUCAAAUCUUUUCAUUUAUAUUUUAAAUAAAGUUUUAAUAGCUUCUAUGGAAUAACUGUAACUAAUUUAACCACAAGCAUUACAAACCAGUCACUCCACAAAAGCAGACUGAAAAAUCAUCACAAAAGGCAAAAAGAAGCUGCACUAACUCUGUUUAAGCUUUGUCCAUCAUUGAACCCAACCAUCAUUCACAGCUCAAGUGAACCCAAAAUUCAAGUAAAAUGCUAUUAAAGAACGAAAAAGCAACCAAGUAGUUUCUCAACUUUCCCAAAACAUUGAUUUUGUAUAGAAAAAAAAAUACUAAGAAUGUCAACAAAAUGCGGUACAAUCCAUAUUAGAAGUGACAACCGAGGAAAACAGCUAACACACGACAGGCUGAGAACAGUUUUCUUUCAGAUUUUAGAAGGAACAAAUCCAUCCUUAGUAGUACUGGGAAUACAAAUUAAAUGCAAGGGCUACUUAUCCUUCAUCAUGAAAUUCUAUUUCACUUGGUAACAUACAACAGGUGUUGUUAACUGGGUCCCUCGCCAGAGAUGAAUUAAGAGGGGGACUCUACAUCUCCAGACCAGGCAGCAGUGACUGAAACACAUACCAAUAUCAUUUUAUCAAAUCAGAAAUCCAGCCUCUCCAGAAUACUCCAUCAGAAUGAACCCUCUGUCUAGAAACGAUGAACUUCUCUGUCCAGUCAUGUCACAGACUUAUGGAUCAUAAAAGAUGUGGUUGUAAGUGGAACUUUUCAAAACUGAACUGUUUAGAAAUCAGAUAACUCUACAUUUCAGGCAUACAAGCUGAAGAACUGUUCAUGUAUCCCAAAACUUCUCCGAGUUUGUCCAAAUGCAUUAAAUAUCUACAAACAACAGAUAUAUAGUAAAAUACAAUUCUUUAUUUCUUUUACACUCCUAGGCC